AUGUGGCCCCCAGUUCCCUGCGCUCCGCGCUCCGAUCCCAGCGAGGUCGAGCCCCCCGAGGUCGGGGCCGCAAGCUCGGGCAUGCGAGCCCUCUACCCCGCGUCGCUCUCGGGGCCGGCCCCCAGGAAGGCCAGCGGGCCCCUGCAGGAAGAAGCCACCAGCAGUGGUGAACUGGCGGUUGGAAGUGCAAAGAAGGGCCAGGCCCGGGUCCUGGGACCCCCAAGCGUGGAGGACAGUCUAGGCGAGGAGGCCGUGGCGGCAGAGGCCGUGGCCGCAGUGGGCUCCCGCUUCACCACCGCUGGAGGCCCUGCAGAAGACAGCCCCACUGUGGUCCCCAAAAGUACCACCUUCCUGAAGAACAUCCGGCAGUUUAUCAUGCCUGUGGUGAGUGCCCGCUCCUCCCGGGUCAUCAAGACGCCCAGGCGAUUUAUGGAUGAAGAUCCCCCGAGGCCCUCAAAGGUGGAGGUCUCCCCCAUUCCCACGCCAGCUCCACUGCCUGAGAAGAGACGGUCGAUCCUAAGGGAACCCACAUUUCGCUGGACCUCGCUGACCCGGGAGCUGCCCCCGCCACCAGCACCGCCACCUCCAGCCCCCCCUCCAGUCCAGCCCCCAGCUCCUCCACCUCCACCGCCACCUCCUCCUCCCCUUCCCCCUCCUCCCCCUGCCCUGACAACCCCAUCUCGGAGGCCCCUCCUCCUCCGGGCCCCUCAGUUCACCCCCAGCGAGGCCCACCGCAAGAUCUAUGAGUCCGUGCUCACCACGCCACCCCUCGGGACACCUGAAGCCCCUGAGCCAGAGCCACCGCCUGCUGACGACUCUCCAGCUGAGGCUGAGCCACGGGCGGUGGGCCGCACCAACCACCUCAGCCUGCCCAGAUUUGCCCCUGUGGUCGCCAGCCCUGUGAAGGCUGAGGAGCCCCCCCAGGAGGCUCCACCUCUGAGCAAUGAGCAGCAGCCCCUGGCUCAGCCACAGCCGCCCCAGCAGGCCCUGCAAGCCCAGCAAGCCCAGCUCCUCCCUUCGCAGCAGCCCCCAAUGCAAGUGCAGCCGCCAUCGCCCCUGGAAAAGGCCCGGCUCGCGGGCCUGGGCUCCCUGCCGCUGUCAGGGGUAGAGGAGAAAAUGAUCAGCCUCCUCAAAAGGGCCAAGGUGCAGCUGUUCAAGAUCGACCAGCAGCAGCAGCAGAAGGUGGCGGCGGCCGUGCCGCUGAGUCCUGGAGGGCAGAUGGAGGAGGUCAUGGGGACUGUCAAGCAGAUCCCAGACCGAGGUUCUGUCAGAUCGGAAGAUGAAUCAGUGGACGCUAAGAGAGAGCGACCCUCGGGCCCUGAGUCCCCUGUGCAAGGUCCCCGCAUCAAACAUGUCUGCCGCCAUGCUGCUGUGGCCCUGGGGCAGGCCCGGGCCAUGGUGCCCGAAGAUGUCCCCCGUCUCAGUGCACUCCCUCUCCGGGACCGGCAGGACCUCGCCACCGAGGAGAUGUCAUCCGCAUCUGAGACUGAGAGCGUCCCUUCACAGUCCCAGCAGGAAAAGGUGGAGGCAGCCGGGCCAGGUGGGGAUUCCGAGCCUUCCGUGUCUGCAGGGGCCCUGGCCCAUACGCCCCGGCGCUCGUUGCCCUCCCACCACGGCAAGAAGAUGCGCAUGGCCCGGUGCGGGAACUGCCGGGGCUGCCUGCGGGUGCAGGACUGUGGGUCCUGUGUCAACUGCCUGGACAAGCCCAAGUUUGGGGGCCCCAACACCAAGAAGCAGUGCUGUGUAUACCGGAAGUGUGACAAGAUAGAGGCCCGGAAGAUGGAACGGCUAGCUAAGAAAGGCCGGACGAUAGUGAAGACGCUGUUGCCCUGGGAUUCCGAUGAAUCUCCGGAGGCCUCCCCUGGUCCUCCAGGCCCACGCCGGGGGGCGGGAUCUGGGGGGCCCCGGGAGGAGGUGGUGGCCCCCCAAGGGCCCGAGGAGCAGGACUCCCUCCUACUGCAGCGCAAGUCAGCCCGGCGCUGCGUCAAACAGCGACCCUCCUAUGAUAUCUUCGAGGACUCGGACGAUUCAGACCCCGGGGGUCCCCCUGCUCCCCGUCGUCGGACCCCCCGAGAGAAUGAGCUACCAGUCCCAGAACCCGAGGAGCAGAGCCGGCCUCGCAAACCCACCCUGCAGCCUGUGGUGCAGCUCAAGGCCCGCAGGCGUCUGGACAAGGACUCGUUGGCCCCUGGCCCCUUUGCUUCUUUCCCCAAUGGCUGGACUGGAAAGCAGAAGUCCCCUGACGGAGUGCACCGGGUUCGCGUGGACUUCAAGGAGGACUGUGACCUGGAGAACGUGUGGUUGAUGGGCGGCCUGAGCGUGCUCACCUCCGUGCCCGGGGGCCCGCCCAUGGUGUGCCUGCUCUGCGCCAGCAAAGGCCUGCAUGAGCUGGUGUUCUGCCAAGUCUGCUGUGACCCCUUUCAUCCCUUCUGCCUGGAGGAGGCCGAACGGCCCCUGCCCCAGCACCACGACACCUGGUGCUGCCGCCGCUGCAAGUUCUGCCAUGUCUGUGGGCGCAAAGGCCGGGCCACCAAGCACCUCCUCGAGUGUGAGCGCUGCCGCCAUGCCUACCACCCAGCCUGCCUGGGGCCCAGCUACCCAACCAGGGCCACACGCAAGCGGCGCCACUGGAUCUGCUCGGCCUGCGUGCGCUGUAAGAGCUGUGGGGCAACUCCAGGCAAGAACUGGGACGUGGAGUGGUCUGGAGACUACAGCCUCUGCCCCCGGUGCACUCAGCUCUAUGAGAAAGGAAACUACUGCCCCAUCUGCACCCGCUGCUACGAGGACAACGACUACGAGAGCAAGAUGAUGCAGUGUGCACAGUGCGACCACUGGGUGCACGCCAAGUGUGAGGGCCUCUCAGAUGAGGACUACGAGAUCCUCUCGGGGCUGCCGGACUCUGUACUGUACACCUGUGGGCCAUGUGCCGGGGCCACCUCCCCCCGCUGGCGAGAGGCUCUCCACGGGGCCUUACGGGGGGGCCUACGCCAGGUGCUCCAGGGCCUGCUGAACUCCAAGGUGGUGGGCCCACUGCUGCUGUGCACCCAGUGCGGGCAGGACGGGAAUCGGCUGCAUCCUGGGCCCUGUGGUCUGCAGGCGGUGAGCCAGCGCUUUGAGGAGGGUCACUACACCUCUGUGCACAGCUUCAUGGAGGACAUGGUGAGCAUUCUGACAAGGCACUCCGAAGAGGGAGAGGCCCCCGAGCGCCGGGCUGGAGGCCAGAUGAAGGGGCUCCUGCUGAAACUGCUGGAGUCGACAUUUGGCUGGUUUGAUGCCCACGACCCCAAGUACUGGCGACGGAGUACCCGGCUGCCAAAUGGUGUCCUUCCCAAUGCAGUGCUGCCCCCAUCCCUGGACCAUGUCUAUGCUCAGUGGAGGCAGCAGGAGCCAGAGACCCCAGAAUCGGGGCAGCCUCCCGGGGGCCCCUCGGCAGCUUCCCAGGGCAAGGAUCCAGCUGCCGCGCCCCCCGUGGAGGACCCCCGUCAAUGUGCCCUGUGCCUCAAGUACGGGGAUGCCGACUCCAAGAAGGCCGGGCGGCUCCUGUACAUCGGGCAGAAUGAGUGGACACACGUCAACUGUGCCAUCUGGUCGGCCGAAGUCUUUGAGGAGAACGACGGCUCCCUCAAGAACGUGCACGCUGCUGUGGCCCGAGGGCGGCAGAUGCGCUGUGAGUUCUGCCAGAAGCCCGGCGCCACGGUGGGCUGCUGCCUGCCCUCCUGCCUCAGCAACUUCCACUUCAUGUGCGCCCGCUCCAGCUGCUGCAUCUUCCAGGACGACAAGAAGGUGUUCUGCCGGAAACACACGGACCUGCUAGAUGGCAAGGAGAUCGUGACCCCCGAUGGCUUCGAUGUUCUGCGCCGAGUGUAUGUGGAUUUUGAGGGCAUCAACUUCAAGCGAAAGUUCAUGACGGGGCUUGAACCUGAUGCCAUCAACGUGCUCAUUGGCUCCAUCCGAAUCGACUCCCUGGGAACCCUGUCUGAUCUCUCGGACUGCGAUGGACGGCUCUUCCCCGUCGGCUACGAGUGCUCCCGCCUGUACUGGAGCACAGUGGAUGCUCGGCGGCGCUGCUGGUAUCGGUGCCGAAUUCUGGAGUAUCGGCCAUGGGGGCCGAGGGAAGAGCCGGUCCACUUGGAGGCAGCAGAGGAGAACCAGACCAUUGUGCACAGCCCUACCCCAUCCUCAGAGCCCCGAGAUCAUGAGAACCCCCUGCCAGCCACCGACAUCCCUGCCCCCGGAGCGCCUGAGCAUCAUUCCCUGACCCCGAGCCUGGACCCCCCACUUCGGUCAGAUCCAAGCAACGCCUUUCCACUGGCUCCCCGUUCUUUCUCGGGGGCCCGAAUCAAAGUGCCCAACUACUCGCCAUCCCGGCGGCCCUUGGGGGGCAUCUCCUUUGGACCCCUGCCCUCCCCCGGAAGUCCUUCCUCUCUGACCCACCACAUCCCUACAGUGGGCGAGCCAGACUUCCCAGCCACCCCCAGACGCUCCCGCCGGCCCAGCCCGCUGACCCCUAGGCUGCCACCCGCCCGGCGUGCCUCCCCGCCCCUCAGAACUUCCCCUCCACUCAGGGUGCCCCCUCCUACCUCAGUCAUUGCAACCCUCGCACCUACCUCAGGGGAGCUGGCUCUCCCUGGCCUGGCCCCAUCUCCUCCGCCACCCCCCGUAGACCUGGGCCCAGACUUUGAGGACAUGGAGGUGGUGUCAGGACUGAGUGCUGCUGACCUGGACUUUGCAGCCAGCCUGCUGGGGACCGAGCCCUUUCAGGAAGAGAUUGUGGCCGCAGGGGCCGUGGGGAGCAGUCACGGGGCCCUGGGGGACAGCUCCGAGGAGGAGGCCAGCCCCAGCUCCCACUACAUUCACUUCCCUGUGACUGUGGUGCCCGGCCCUGCCGUGACCCCUGGCACCCUCCCGGGAAUGCCUCGCAUCGAGCAGCUGGAUGGCGUGGACGACGGCACAGACAGUGAGGCCGAGGUGGUCCAGCAGCCUCGGGGCCAGGGGGCUCCACCAUCAGGGCCAGGGGUAGGCCGGGCUGGGAUCAUCGGGGCUGCAGGGGACAGGGCCCGACCGCCUGAGGAUCUGCCAUCCGAAAUCGUGGAUUUUGUAUUGAAGAAUCUAGGGGGGCCUGGAGAAGGGGGUGCGGGCCCCAGAGAGGAGCCGCUUCCCCCACCUCCACCUCUUGCCAAUGGCAGCCAGCCCCCCCAGGGCCUGCCCCCCAGCCCGGCUGACCCCACCCGGACAUUUGCCUGGCUCCCUGGGGCCCCUGGGGUCCGAGUACUGAGCCUCAGCCCUGCCCCCGAGCCCCCCAAACCCGCCACAUCCAAAAUCAUCCUGGUCAACAAACUGGGGCAAGUGUUCGUGAAGAUGGCUGGGGAGGGUGAGCCUGUCUCCUCACCAGUCAAACAGCAGCCCCUGCCCCCUCCCAUCCCCUCCGCAGCCCCCACCUCGUGGACUCUGCCCUCAGGACCCCUGCUGAGCGUGCUGCCAGUGGUAGGGGUGGUUCGCCCCGCCCCUCCGCCCCCACCCCCACCCUUGACGCUGGUGUUGAGCAGUGGACCCCCCAGCCCCCCCCGCCAGGCUAUCCGCAUCAAGCGGGUAUCCACCUUCUCUAGCCGUUCCCCACCAGCCACGCCCCCAAGCAAGACUCCCCGGCUGGAAGAAGAUGGAGAGGCCUUGGAAGCCGACCCCCAACUUCCGGGGCUUGGCGGUAGCAGCGGUGGCAGCAGGUUUAGCCGGGUGAGGAUGAAGACCCCCACCGUGCAGGGCAUUUGCGGCCUGGACGACCUUGGGGAGCCCGCUGGAGAGGACAGCCCUGGGCUCUUCCAGGGACAGUCUCCUCUGCUGCCACUUCCUGACCGUGAGCCGCCUCGCGUCCCUGAUGGUCCCCCCGACUUGCUGCUUGAACCCCAGUGGCACCACUACACAGGCCCAGGUGAGGCUUCUAGCUCUGAGGAAGAGCCUCCAUCCCCCGAGGACAAAGAAAACCAAGCUCCCCGGCGGGCUGGCCCUCAUCUGCGUUUUGAGAUCAGCAGCGAGGAUGGCUUCAGUGUGGAGGCUGAGAGCUUAGAAGGAGCGUGGAGAACUCUGAUUGAGAAGGUGCAGGAGGCCCGGGGGCAUGCCCGGCUCAGACAUCUCUCAUUUAGUGGAAUGAGUGGGGCAAGGCUCCUGGGCAUCCACCACGACGCGGUCAUCUUCCUGGCCGAGCAGCUGCCUGGGGCCCAGCACUGCCAGCACUACAAGUUCCGCUACCACCAGCAGGGGGAGGGCCAGGAGGAGCCGCCCCUCAACCCCCACGGCGCAGCCCGGGCCGAGGUCUAUCUCCGCAAGUGCACCUUUGACAUGUUCAACUUCCUGGCCUCCCAGCACCGAGCGCUCCCGGAGGGGGCGGCCUGCGACGAGGAGGAGGAUGAGGUGCAGCUCAGGUCCACCAGGCGGGCCACCAGCCUGGAGCUGCCCAUGGCCAUGCGCUUUCGCCACCUCAAGAAAACAUCCAAAGAAGCUGUGGGGGUCUACAGGUCGGCCAUCCAUGGAAGGGGCCUGUUCUGCAAGCGCAACAUCGACGCCGGGGAGAUGGUCAUCGAGUACUCGGGCAUCGUCAUUCGCUCCGUGCUGACUGACAAGCGGGAGAAGUUCUAUGACGGGAAGGGCAUCGGGUGCUACAUGUUCCGCAUGGACGACUUCGACGUGGUGGACGCUACCAUGCACGGCAACGCGGCCCGCUUCAUCAACCACUCGUGUGAGCCCAACUGCUUCUCGCGCGUCAUCCACGUGGAGGGCCAGAAGCACAUCGUCAUCUUCGCCUUGCGCCGCAUCCUGCGCGGGGAGGAGCUCACCUACGACUACAAGUUCCCCAUCGAGGACGCCAGCAACAAGCUGCCCUGCAACUGCGGCGCCAAGCGCUGCCGGCGCUUCCUCAACUGAGCCUGGGGACCUCCCCCGCCCGCCCUGCUGACGUUCCCUAGUCUGGGGGCGGAGAGGCCUUUGCCGGUCGGCUCCCCCCAGUAGCUCUUCCCGUCCACAUGCUCAGGGUGGACGUGGGCCACAGGUGACGGGAGCCUGCCUUCCCCCCUCCAGCCCACCUAGCAAUUGCCCCUUUUCCUGCCCUGGGGGCCCAGGAUGUAGAUAUUGUACAAAAGUUUCUAAAUCCCUUCUUUUCUAUGCACUUUUUUAUUUAAGGGGAGGGGGGUCCCAGGUGGGAACCCCCCACAAUAAAGUCUGUCGAUGUUUGGA